AUGGAACUGAAGUCAUUUUUGCCUCAAUCGUGGUGGAAACCUUUUGCGAAUAUUUUCUAUAGUCCAGCCAUACCAAAGCUUCAUCCAUUGCUGAAGCAGACUAAGGAGAGAUUUGAGUACUCUUUGGAGGAGUUUGAGGAACUUGAUCGUGAAGAAGUCAGAAUUCUUACUCUAAAUUUGUUCAUGAGGCCUCCUGGUGUUAAGAACAACGAUGAUGAUUUUAAAGAAGAGAGAUUUGAGGAGUACCUCAAACUUUUAGAUAACUAUGACAUUAUCUGUAACCAAGAGCUGUUCACAGGGUUGAAUUCGAGGAAAGAGAGAUUCAUUUCUCAUGCUAAGAAACUGGGGUUUAUUGACCAUGUUGUGUCUACUAAACCAAAACUUUUUGAGCAUUUUGUUAUUGAUAGUGGGUUAUGAAUAGUAAGUAGAUUUCCAAUCAUUAAAACUGCUGAAAUGACUUACUCAAGAUAUGCUUAUUCUGAUUCGAUGAGUCAAAAGGGGGCUCUUUACGCUAGAAUAAAGAUAGGGAAGUCUACACUUCAUCUUUUUAACACGCAUUUGCAAGCUAAUUAUCUCCACAGCGAUUACACCACUUACUCAUAUAGUAUUGAUUAUCGUGACCAUCAUCAGCUCCAAGAGCUGAGCGAUUUCAUUGAUGAACAAUUAGCUGACGCAGACGACAACUGUAAAAUCAUGAUUGUUGGAGACUUCAACAUUUCAAGUAGACCUUUCAGUGAGGCUACCAUUGAAGGUCUCCGGGAGUUAUCAAAGACAUACCCAGAAUACAAGAAGAUGCUUGAUGAAGACUAUGACCAACUUGGCGAGUACAAGCAUUUAAUGAACAUGCUUUCAAAGGACGGAAAAUAUACAGUAAUAAACCUGAAGAAGGGCCUUGACCAAGAAGGAGAGACUUUAGAUGUAGUAACUUUUGGAGAUUAUAUACAAAAUGAAGACGGUUCGAGGUCUCCUGCCGAAGUUGCCCUUACUCAUCGAAGUGAUUCAAUGGUAGCGACUAGUAUUGAUUAUAUCUUCCAAUUGACUAAGAAUCAGCAAGAUGUUUCAGGGGAUUGUAGUAAGGUCAAGUUAAUCAAGAAAGACCCGACUAUGGUUAGUGAUAGAGAAGAACGUGAUUCAAAGAAAUUUGAAGACAAGCUUUCGUUUUGGAAACAAUUUGAAGGUAUCUAUGACGGUCAAGAAUUAUUUAUCAAUCCUACUUCUCUUAAACAAGAGAAGUUUCUUAUCGAAGGGAGAGAAUUCACCCAAAUGAGUGACCAUUAUGGCCUGUCUGUUGAAGUAGAGUGGAGAGGUAACAAGUAUAGUUAA